AUGAAGUUCCUCCACACCGUGGCCCAAACAGCCACGCUGCUCCUCUCGCUCGGCGCCUCCGUCGAAGGCUUCAACCGCGCCCGCAACGACGCCUGCAAACCACACCACCCGUUCCGCCCGCUGCCCGCCAGCACACCACGCACCAAGACCUGCCAUGUGCGCAGCCACGGCGACGGCACCGAUGACGCAGCCUUCGUGCUGUCCGCGCUGCGCAAAUGCAACAACGGCGGGAAGGUCGUCUUCGACGCGGACAAGGAGUACACGAUCGGCACGGCGCUGGACAUGACCUUCCUGCGGCACGUGGAUCUCGAAAUCCUCGGCCGCAUCCAGUUCACCAACGACACGGACUACUGGCAGGCGCAUGCCUUCCGGCAUGGCUUCCAGAACGCGACGACGUUCUUCCAGCUCGGCGGGACGGACGUGAACGUGUAUGGCAGCGGCACGCUGGACGGCAACGGCCAGGUCUGGUAUGAUCUGUAUGCGGCCGAGCCGCUGACGCUGCGGCCAAUUCUGUUGGGCGUGAUCGGGUUGCAUGGCGGCACGAUUGGGCCGUUGAAGUUGCGGUAUUCGCCGCAGUGGUAUCAGCUCGUGGCGAACUCGACGGAUGUGUUGUUUGAUGGGAUUGAUAUUAGUGGGUAUAGUUCGAGUAAGAACACGGCGAAGAAUACGGAUGGAUGGGAUACGUAUCGCUCGUCGAAUAUUGUCAUCCAGAACUCGGUGGUGAAUAACGGUGAUGACUGCGUCUCGUUCAAGCCGAACAGCACCGACAUCCUCGUGCAGAACAUGCACUGUAACGGGUCGCACGGCAUCUCCGUCGGCUCCCUUGGCCAGUACAAGGGCGAGAUCGACAUUGUCAAGAACAUCCUCGUCUACAACAUCUCCAUGUACAACGCCUCGGACAUGGCACGCAUCAAGGUCUGGCCCGGUGUGGACUCGGCCUUGUCCGAGGACCUGCAGGGCGGCGGCGGUAGCGGCGCCGUCAGCAACAUCACCUACGACCGGAUGUACAUUGAGAACGUGGACUGGGCGAUCGAGGUGACGCAGUGCUACGGGCAGAAGAACCAGACGCUGUGCAACCAGUACCCUAGCAAUUUGACCAUCUCGGACGUGCAUAUCAAGAACAUGUGGGGGACUACGUCGGGGAAGCGCGACCCCAACGUGGGCACGAUAGUGUGCUCCAGUCCUGAUGUCUGCUCGGACAUCUAUGUCACCAACGUCAACGUUACGAGUCCCAGCGGAACAGACGACUAUAUCUGCACGAAUGUCGACGAGUCUCUCCUCGACGUCAACUGCAGCUCGGGCUAG